AUGCAGGGACACACAUCCUUUCCUGAUCUUGAUGUUAAUGUUGAUACUAAUGCUGGUUCUUGCGCUGCUGGUGAUGCUUUUGCUGGUGAUGAUGCUGAUGAUGAUGCUGGUGCUGGUGCUGGUGCUGGUGCUUUUGCUGAUGCUGGUGCGGGUGCUUUUGCUUUUGCCUUUGCUUUUCCUUCUGCUUCAACUGGCACUAGCCCGCUUCUCUUUUACGCUUUUAAUUGCUUGUUGUUUUUGAUUUUCAUAUCGAUUGUGCCGGUACUAGUACUAUUGGCUGUUGAUUAUGCGUACGAGUCUGAUUCCGACACGACCAUUACUGUCUCUACUACAGUCAUUACUGUUUUUCAUAUUCUUACUAUCGUUAAUAAAAGCCAAAACAAGUAUAAAUAUGUAUAG